GUACCUACCCGUUCUUAACUUUGUACAAUCUGCCAAACACCUGUCACAACGGGUUUGCUGUGACCGCCUUACUGGGAUGUCUCUCAGAAUUGAGCAAGACUGCAAGCUUCUCACUAUGCCUAGACCUCAGCUUUCAUCUCCAACGUCAUUCUCAGAUCCCAGUACCUGGGAUCAGAUGUUUCAAGAGCUGAUUCAGAAAGAGAAACCCAGGGCCAAGUGGACCUUGCAGCUGGAUAAGAAUAUUUUGCUGGAUGACUUGACCAAGGGAUGGAGGCAGUACCAGCAGGAAGGAGUUGGCUGGUUCCAGUGUUCCAUAUGCAACAGACACUGGAUUUCUGCCCAAGUGAAGAUCCUGUGCCACAUGUAUUGCGACGAGCCUAGGAAACUUCAGGGCCGGGUGCUCAUGAGGAUCUUUGCUCAGAGGUGCCAGAAGUGUUGUAUGGCUAAAUUUGAGAAUCCUGAGUUCUCUGAAGAGAGCAUCCAAAGAAUUCUGGAGAAUCUGUCAAGGUCCAUCAGAAGAUUAACCUGAAAGGUUUGGCCUCUGGGUGAUGGUGCUAUGGAAGGGCAUGUGAAGUUUAUGGCGUGGUGCUGUGAACUGAUCCUUCUGUGCACUGUGAAUAUGCAGUACUCUCAUUGGUUAAUAAAAGAACUGACUGGCAGGUAGCCAGUAUGGGUGUGACAACCAAGCUAAGGAUGCUGGGAUGCAGAAGGGCAGCAUUGUGGGAGUUGCCAGCCAGAUGAGAACAAGUCAGAAACACAAAAUAGAAGUAAAAGUCACGAGCCCUGGGGCAGCACAUAGAUUAAUAGAAAUAGAUUAAGUUGUAAGAAAUAGUAACAAGCCUGAGCUAUCAGUUGAGCGUUUAUAUUUAAUAUACGCCUCAGUGUGUUUAUUUGGGGGUUGCUGGCAGGAUAGAAACUUUGCCUACAAAUGGCAUUCCAACGUGGGGCCAGAAUUUCCACAUAAGACCCGAGAAAGCUUUACAAAAAGGUUCUAAACACACAGACACAGAGCCAAAGGCAUCUGUCUAGUUUCAUGCCUUUCAUGCCAGCUGUGGUACAGGGUUGCAUCUCCUGGCCGCUGCCUGCAGUCUUGAGCUGCCAGUGCACCCUGGGAUAAGCUGAGUGGCAGGUUCCUGCAGUCUCUCAGGCUGGCCGUGAGCACAGUCAUAUACAGAAAAGUGGCUCUUGGCAGCUGCCUGUGGGAAGAGCCAGCCACCGUGCACUAAGCUAAGCUACACCUGACAUAUUUUAAGAUUUGUCUCAUGAGGUCAAAAAAAAAAAAAAAGUCACAGAUACACAGUAAAGACAGAUUCAGAUAGAAAAAAAAAAAAAACCUCUAAACAGGUUACAGUGUGUUUAAAAAUAUACGUAGGAUUUGGAGAGAUAAGAGAAGGUGUAGAAAGUCAUAAAAAAGAAAUAUAUAGUUUUAAAAUAAUAAAGUGCUUAAAAAGUGGGUAAAGUAAUAUAAAAUAAAAAGCUAUGCAAAGACAGGACCUACAAAGAAAGUCUGAAUUCUGUAUGUUACUGUUUGUGUUGUUUUUAAAUAUUUUAGCUGCCAAAGGACACUGGAUUAUAAAAACUGCUAGAUAAAACACAACCUAUAUAUUUUAAAAAUGUGUUGAGUUCAAAAUUUAAGUCAAAAGGUGUGUUACUUUGGGGGAGAGGUUAUGCUUUUAUUUUCACAGAAAAUGUGGAUUCAUUCCAGGUUAAAGAUGAUCAGGUUUGGUUGAGGAAGACCCCCUGAAAUUCUGACUACAGACAUAGAGAAAUAGACCUUGAAGAAUGGCAAGACCUGUGAUAUAUAUUUUGCCUACUCAAAUACAUAACCAAAAAAAAAAUCAUCUUUGGCUGACUUAUGUACAAUGCACAGUCUAUGCUUGUAUUAAUGCAGGUAGGUAUGUUACCUUUAAAAGUUUAUGUAUUUUCAGAGCAAAGAAACCAGACACCAAUGAAAAUGAAUGCCCCAAGUGAUCCAGCAUUCAAAACAACCUGGAGGCUGCUGACAGAUGACUCAGCCUCACAGAAUACUCCAGCCAAGGCCUAGCAAUUAUCUUGAUUUUUCUCAAGGGUCCUCUAAAGAUACCAGCAGCCCCAGACAAUGGGAAGCAGUCUAGAGGAAACAAAGCCCACGUCCCCAAAAUAUGAAUUAUGAAUGUUUAUUAUUAUUUAAAGGGAUUGGUUAUAAAUUGUUAUUGGUAAUAGUCAGAAAAAAAAGCUGAACAAAGGAGAUUUGAUUUAGGGAUCUUGUUCUGAAAAGAAAAAGAGGGGGUAUAUAAGUGAUAGGAUAAAAGGGUAGAUUAUUGAACCUACUUUUAAACUAAAAAGACUAGUCUUAAAUAUUUUACAUUGGUAUAUAUUUUAGUCUAUUAAUAU